AUGACCUCGUACCUCACCUCGCUCCUCGGUCGCGCGCCCAAGCCCAGUGGCCCCGAGCACAUCGCCCUGCCUGCCAGCUUUUACACGAGCCCGGCCGUCUAUGAGCUCGAGAAGCGGGCGCUCUUCAGCCGCAUGUGGAUCAUGGUGUGCCACGAGCGGUUCCUCAGCGAGACGGGCAAGUACCAGCUUGUCGACUACGCCGGCAUGCAGUUCUUCGUCAUCCGCAGCAAGGCGGGAGACGUGCGCGCCUUCUUCAACGCCUGCGCCCACCGCGCCUUCCCCGUUCUGCGGCCUCGGCAAGAGGGCGAGAAGGACGUCAGCGUCGAGUCGGGCAAGGUUUCGAUCAUCGCGUGCGGCUACCACGGCUGGUCGUACUCGACCAACGGCGACCUCGCUAAGGCGCCUGGCUUCGACGGCAUCCCCGGCUUCGAGCCCAAGAACCACGGCCUGUCGUCCCUGCGCGUCCACGUCGACAAGAACGGCUUCGUCUACGUCAACGCCGACAAGUCGGCCGACGCCCUGUCGUGGAAGGCGCAGUUUGGCGCGUUCGAGGAGCAGGAGCGGCUCAAGCGCGUCGACUGGGACAACUACGACUACGCGCUCUCGUGGGGCAUGGAGGACGCGCCGUACAACUGGAAGGUGCUCGUCGACAACUACCAGGAGUGCUACCACUGCUCGAUCACGCACCCGGGCUUUGUCAAGACGACCGACCUCAAGACCUACACGGUGACGGGCAAGGCCGGCAUCAUCGAGCACUACGUCAAGGCCAAGCCUGAGGCGCUCCUCCCUGGCGCAGACCCAGAGAAGUUCGCGUUCAACUUUAUCGCGCCCAGCUCGUCCCACACCGUCACGCCCAUCUACUUCUACACGAUGAAGAUCUGCCCGACAGGCCCUCGCUCGUGCAACGUCAGCUUUGACGUGUACCGUCACAAGACGUGCACCGACGAGCAGUUUGACGAGGCGCACAAGUUCUUCGUGCAGGUCGAGACCGAGGACAAGAUGCUGUGCGCCAACGUGCAGAAGAACCUCGAGCGCGGCAACUACAACAGCGGGCCUCUGCACCCGACGCGCGAGUCCGGCUGCAUCUACUUCCAGAAGUGGUACGUCGAGCACCUCAAGGAGCACUUUGCCAAGGAGCAGGCGGCAGGCGAGGAGAUCCGGGGCGGCCAGAGCUUCUACCGAGGUGCGCCGACCGCCGUCGACGAGUUUGCGGCCAAGGUGGACGCGUGCUCGGGCGCGUGCGGUGGCGGUAAGGAGGCAGAAUGGUGAGUAG